CGCCGGCCCGUCUCCAUGGCAACCUGCGCGCAGCCCAGGCACCUCUGCCUGGCGGGAAGCGCGGGUGCUGUGGCGCUGGCGACUGCGCGGGCUGCGAGCGCCGAGGGGCCCGGGCGGUCGGGGUCGCUGCAGGACGAGACCCUGGGCGUGGUGUCCGUGCCUUCGCAGUGGAGGGGCGUCCAGGGCCUCCGCGGGGAGACGAAAAGCUGCCAGACGGCCAGCGUCACCACUGCCGAAGCGUCCACGCAGACCCGGAGGCAUGCAGAUGCCGAGGUGCAGACCGAGGCCGCCAUGCCGGCGGGCUCCCCACCCGCGCCCCAGCACGACGGCCCCCGGCUCGCGGCCUUUCUGCAGAGAGUGGAGGCCCUGGUGACCCGGGAGCUGAACAAGAACUGGCAGAGCCACGCCUUCGACGGCUUCGAGGUGAACUGGACGGAGCCGCAGGAGACGGUGACGUGCCUGCACACCCUGGGCUACCCGCCCGCCCAAGCGCAGGGUCUGCAUGUGACCAGUGUCUCCUGGAACAGCACGGGCUCCGUGGUGGCCUGUGCCUACGGCCGGCUGGAUGAUGGGGACUGGAGCACCCUGAAGUCCUUCGUGUGUGCCUGGAACCUGGACCGGCGAGGCCUGAACCCCCGGCAGCCGUCGGUGGUGGUGGAGGUGCCCAGUGCCGUCAUGUGCCUGGCCUUCCACCCCACGCAGCCCUCCCACAUUGCAGGUGGUCUGUACAGCGGCGAGGUGCUGGUGUGGGACACGGGCCGCCCUGAGGACCCGCUGCUCUGGCGUACGGGCCUGACAGACGACACGCACACGGACCCGGUGUACCAGGUGCUCUGGCUCCCCGAGCCCCGCCACAGCCACCGCUGGCAGGUGCUGAGCGUGGCCACCGAUGGGAAGGUGCUGCUCUGGCAGGCAGCUGGGCCGGGCCAGCUGCAGCUCACAGGCGGCUUCGCCCUGGUGGUGCAGCAGCUGCCACGGAACACCAAGCUGAAGAAGCCGCACCGGGGAGAGACCGAGGUGGGAACCACGGCGGUGGCUUUCUCCAGCUUUGACCCUGGCCUUUUCGUCCUGGGCACGGAAGGCGGCUUCCCGCUCAAGUGCUCCCUGGCGGCGGAGGCGGCGGCGGCCACGCGGGCUCCGAGCUCCGUGCCCCUGCGGGCCCCGGCCCAGUUCUCCUUCUCCCCCCACGGCGGCCCCGUCUACUCCGUGAGCUGCUCCCCCUUCCACAGGAACCUCUUCCUGAGCGCGGGCACCGACGGGCACGUGCACCUGCACUCCAUGCUGCAGGCCCAGCCCCUGACCUCCCUGCAGCUGUCCCGCAAGUACCUGUUCGCCGUGCGCUGGUCCCCUGUGCGCCCCUUGGUGUUCGCGGCCGCUUCCGGUGAAGGUGACGUGCAGCUGUUUGACCUCCAGAAAAGCUCCCAGAAGCCCACAGUUUCAGUCAAGCAGACCCAGGACGAAAGCCCCGUGUACUGCCUGGAAUUUAAUCAGCAUCAAACCCAGCUGCUGGCUGCUGGCGACGCGGAGGGUGUGGUGAAGGUCUGGCAGCUGAGCACCGAGUUCACCGAGCAAGGGCCCCGGGAGACGGAGGCCUUGGAGCGGCUGGCGGCGGAGGUGGCCGCCUGAGGGCGCGGGCGCGGCGGGGCGCGUCCCUGGGCACAGA